GAGAGCACGGGCGCCGCUGUCUGCCUGUUUUGAACAGAGGGGCCGUUGUUAGAGGAUAGCAUAAAUGUUCGUUUCAUUUCACUGGCACCUUAAUUUAGAGCGUUUUAACGGGCUUGGAAGAAGGCGAACAUAAACACGCAACAUCUCUUGUAAUCCGAUGUGGUUGAAACGUUUAAACUGGAAUUGGCUUUUGGAGAGAGAAAAAAAAAUAAGUUGGUUUCAUUUGUUUCUUGUCAGUGUCACCGAUAAUAACAUAUACACAGACUUGAGUGCCAUUGUAAGGUAGUUAUUUCGCGCAGCUAGUUUUUAAAACAUGCGUGCAUGUAUCCUUCGCGUCUUUAGGAUUCCUUUUAUCACCUGGAUGCAGCCGAAGGCAGUCCGAGACCACAUGAGGAACGGCGAAUAGAAGGAAUGACAAACGGCGGUGAUUUUUAGGAAGUGGAGGUCUGCGUGGCGCUAUUGGAUUAUCUCCCCAGAAAUGAUUCUGGUUACAAUUAUCUGUUUUUUAUCUGAGACUUUAGCUGCGCCCUCGCUCACGGCAGAGCAGAUUAACAUGGGGGUGGACUGGCUGAGCAAGUUUGGGUACCUCCCACCACCGGACCCUGUGACAGGACAGCUGCAGACCAAGGAGGCUCUGACCAAAGCCAUCAAAGCCAUGCAGAAGUAUGGAGGCCUGGAGGAGACAGGAGUGCUAGAUGAAGACACCCUGGUUCUGAUGAAGACUCCACGCUGCUCUCUGCCAGAUGUCUCAGAGUCAGACUCACAUUCAGGGCGGCGGAGGCGUACACUGCCCUCCCAAACCAAGUGGAGCAAAAGACACCUGUCUUGGAGAGUUCGGACAUUCCCGAAAGAAUCACACCUGCUGGGGCGGGACACGGUGCGUGCGCUGAUGUACUACGCCCUCAAGGUCUGGAGCGACAUCGCGCCCCUGAACUUCCACGAGGUGGCGGGGGGUGAGGCAGACAUACAGAUCGACUUCACCAAGGCCGACCACAAUGACGGCUACCCCUUCGACGGGCCCGGAGGCACCGUGGCGCACGCCUUCUACCCAGGGGACCGUUUUACUGCAGGGGACACGCACUUCGAUGACGACGAGGCCUGGACGUUCCGGUCACCAGAGGCUCAUGGGAUGGAUCUGUUUGCAGUGGCUGUGCAUGAGUUUGGUCACGCCAUUGGCCUGGCACACACCUCUGCCAUUGAGUCCAUCAUGCGGCCGUACUACCAGGGCCCGGUGGGAGACCCACUCAAGUACAACCUCCCCUAUGAGGACAAGGUCCGUGUCUGGCAGCUCUAUGGGGUGCGAGAUUCAGUGUCCCACACGGACCGUCCCGACACCUCUCGCAGUGCAGAUCCCCCCGUCCUCCUAGACCUCCCCGAAAACAAGUCAACCGUCCCGCUGGACCGUGAUGCCCCGGACAGGUGUAGCACCCACUUUGAUGCUGUUGCCCAGAUUCGCGGAGAGGCCUUCUUCUUCAAAGGGAAGUACUUCUGGCGCCUGACUCGGGAGAAGCACCUGGUGUCUCUGCGCCCGGCUCAGAUCCAGCGGUUCUGGAGGGGCCUGCCCGCCAACCUGGACAGCCUGGACGCCGUGUACGAGAGGCCCGGGGACCACAAGAUUGUUUUCUUCAGAGGAGCGAAGUACUGGAUGUUCAAGGACAACAAUGUGGAGGAGGGCUACCCCCGGCCAAUCAGCGACUUCGGCCUGCCCACGGAGGGCGUGGACGCCGCCUUCGUCUGGCCGCAUAACGAGAAGACCUACUUCUUCAAGGGGAGCCGCUACUGGCGCUACGACGAUCACCUGCGGCGCAUGGACCUGGGCUACCCCAAGGACAGCGUGCUGUGGAAGGGGGUCCCGCCGCAGCUGGACGAUGCCAUGAGGUGGUCUGACGGCUCCUCCUACUUCUUCAAGGGGAAGGAGUACUGGCGGGUGCUGGGGAGUGACAUGGAGGUGGAGGCAGGCUACCCACGGCCCAUUGGCAAGGACUGGCUGCUGUGCACCGAUAUGCAGUCUGACUCUCCGGCCCUGGAGGCCAACGGAACAGAGACGCGCUCGCACGGCCAGCGCCACGCCAGCCACGCGGAAAACAACUACGAGGUGUGCUCCUGCACCUCCGACUCGGCCGUGGCCCUGUCAGCCCACCUGUCCCUCCCCCUCCUUGGACUCCUGGCCCCGGCCUUUCCCCACGGGCCGCUGGCUCCACUAUUGAUGCUUACUGUCGCCCUGAGUGUACCACCAUAAUGCCAAGAGUCAGACGUGUGGACUCACGAACAGUGAAAAAAUAGCCACCCACCCGCUGAAAGAAACUGUCUGGUUUUUCUUUUUUUUUUUGCUCUCUAGUCAUACAGAUCAGCCAUCACUGCUACCGUUUGUUUAUAAACCAAUAAAAGUAUUUUUCUACAACCACCACAGAUUAAGUUAGUUGUUAUUAUGAUUAUUAUUACUGAUUCGUUAAUUGCUUAUUUCAUUGAAAAGGUUUGUCUCUAUAGAGUAAAAUAUACUUGGCUGUCUUUCUGAUCAUUCCAAGUGUUUUAAAGGAUAGACUUAUGAAGGGAGUGUUCAUUCAUAGUGAUGGCCACAGGCUGCAAAAUUUGAGCAGGAUUCAAUAUCCGCUCACAAUGGGUACGAUUUACAAGGAUAGUGUCAUUGUGCGCUUCUGACGUGGUUACACACAGUAUUUAAUUUUCCUCAUGCAUAUGCAUUUUUGGGAUGUACACGCACAAACAAAAAGUGUAAAUGAGGUUCAUUAAAUAUUCCUCCUAAUUCACUAAAAGCUGUGCUAAUUAUGGGCGAAGUAUAACACAAAUUAUGAUCUUGAAGAAAGCUGCUGAUAAUUUGCUGAAAAAAACUGAAAAAAAUACACUGUAAAGCAGAGACAUGAUCUCCAUACCCUUGCAGCUGCAACUGCAGCAUGAAGGAAGACAAAUACAAAUGCACAGGAAAAAACGUACGGGUGGAUUCGCAUGUCAGUGCCAGAUUUAUCUUCUGAAGAGCUCUAUGGAAUGAUAAGUGGAAUAGACUACGGAGAAGCCUGGCAUUUCAGUAAACACCUGUUACCGGCUGAACAGAAUGUUCGGCAUGUCCUUUACAUUCACUUUAAAACAACUCAGCUUGGCACGUCAUAAAAAUACAUCAACUUUGUGCCGGAAGCAGUGCAGGCCCAAACAGUGAAUCGGUGGUUCGUUCCCCAAGACCUAACAUUGCAUAAAUCACCUUUUAAUUUUCCUAUUUUAUGUUGCAAAGAAAAAGUAUCAGUGACAAAACUGAAUAUUUCAUGAAUCUCAUCAAAAAUGAGCAGAACAGGCUAAAUAUUUGGUAAGUGGCAUCCCAUUUUUUGUUUUUUUUUUUUUAAAUCGUGAUACACACAUUGGCUUGGUUCAACCUCGAUACAGCAUUUAUGAGUCGCGCUGUAGUCUCCUCUAAUUGCAACCAUCCGUAAUCCUUUUAGCUGCCUUCCUAAUUACCUGCUUUGAAUAACAAAUAUGAUUAAUUGGUCAGAAAUUUUCCACUGAUAGUGACCACAUUUGACUUGCAAAGUGUCAGGCAAUCAGUGUUUAUUGUUUGUAGACUUACUCCUGAGUCUCUUCUUUCCCUUCUCCAGUAACCACAGAUUUUUUUAUUUAGCUGUCAUUUAUUUACGCUCCUCCAGUCAGCAUCACCUCCAUAAACAGAAAUACGAGGUUUUAACUGAUGUGUAGGAGAAAGCCAUCUAAAUUUAAUGCAGUCUGUAACAGGGAAUCUAUGUCAUGCUCCACACAUCAUCUGUCACACUUGAUAGCUGAUACUGAACAAAAACUAAGAAAUGUGACUUCAACAUUUCAGAAAAUUAGAUUACAUAAUUAUAUCAUUGUUAUGUACCCACAAUGUCUGAAGUUUUAAUCCAAAAUGAGCAGGAACUGAUUGGUAAGCCCCAUCUUUUCUGUGUAUUGUCCAAAUAUGAACGUGAGAUCAUAUUCAUUUUGAAAAGGAUAAGAGCAGGACAGUUUUGCAUGAAAAUGUGAGAAAAUGCAAUGUGCACCUCAGACCUGGACAUUAUGUGACAAUACUCAUGAUAACAAAAGUCUAGAUGUCAAAGAAUUCUGGAUGUCAUUAGUGACAUAGACAUAGACAUACAUAGUAAAACAUUGUUGAUUAAGAAAUGCUUUACAGUUCAUUCUACUAGAGCUGUGAAUUAGGUAAAAAAAAAACACAAAAAUAUAUUUUUAUGAAGCAAAACAGCAGCUGAUUAGCUAGUGUUUUGCCUCUAACAACAUCUGUUGUAGACCCAACUCGUGAACUUUAUUAUUUAAGGAAAAUGUUGAAAUCCACACAGACUAAGUAGAGGACUGUUACUACCCAAGUGACUACCCAUGAAAGCACAAAGCUUGUACAAAUUUACAUAUAGCACAUCUCAUAGAUUCCUCAUGCUCAGACAUUGUAAGGCAUGUAAAUGCUUUCAGUAUGCCUGUCUUAUUUUUUCCUUUUGUCUCUUCUCACAGUGAUGGUAUUGUGCUUCCUACAGUGUAACACUGUUUGCUGUUUUUCCCUUAUUUCAUGCAUUCUUUUCCUCUCCACUUUGUGAUGUAAUUGAAGAAGACUUCAGUGUCAAGCCAAGCAUUACUAUUACUUUUUGUAAAAAUAAUAUGCACAUACACCUAUGCCCAUAGAUU